ACAUUUCACUUUCUUUUUAAGUAUGCAGCUGUUAUUACUCUCUCACUACUCCUCCACUUUCUCUCUGCUCUCCAGAUCUGAUCUAAAAAAAUUUUCAGGUUUUUAGCUCCAUUUCCUAGUAAGUUGGAAAAGAUGGGUCGUGGAGUUAGCAGUGGUGGUGGGCAGAGCUCAUUGGGUUAUCUAUUUGGGAAUGGAGAAGCUCCAAAACCUGCCACAAACAAUUCCCAAGCUUCUCCAACCGAAGAACCAGCUGUCUCCAAACCUGCUCCCGCUCCUCAACCAGUAGAUAUUACCAAGCAAAUUCCUGCUGGCAUUAACAGUACUUCCGUGAACAAUUAUAUGCGUGCUGAUGGUCAGAACACUGGCAAUUUCAUUACGGAUCGACCUUCUACCAAGGUUCAUGCUGCCCCUGGAGGUGGAUCUUCUCUGGGUUACCUUUUUGGUGGGAAACCUGGGGAUAGUAAAUGAGAUUGUUCCUUAUCAUCUCUUGAUAAUGAGAGUAUUGUUUGUUUAUUGUUGGAGAAGGCAUGGAUUCUGGAUGACACCUUUUCGAUCUUUUAACAUAAGUGACGUAAAAACCCGCCGUCCCAUGUGGUGUAAUAUACAGGUCUUGUGGUUGUUGUUUGGUUUAUUCAAUCUGGAGUUCUCCAUAUUUGAUGCACAAACAUCUAUUGCAGAGCUCAGUUAAUGUGAUAAAACAAUGUUAUGUUUCUUAUGCAUAGAUCCGUCAUUUUGCCUUCUCUCUUUAUCCUACUUUAUGCAGUCUACAAUUUUGACAGAAUUUUCCUUGCGCUGUGUAUUACUAAAUGCAUC